AGCUCCCCGUACGCUCCGCGGCGCGCGCUGGUGCAUGCCCGAUUCCCUCCUCGCGACGCUGUCCGAGGCCCGCGCCCUGCGCCAACUCCACAAAACUAUAAAAACACACCCGACCCCGACCGCCGCAACCAUCGCGUGGCGCGUGCUCUGGCGGAGCGCCGUCGUCCUCGGCGUCCUCGGGUCCUUCGCCGCCUGCCAGCGGCGCCGGGGGUCGCGCGGCAACCGGUUCUACCGGAACGGCGAGCCGCGGCCCGGCAGCUCCGAGGCGGGCCUCCGCCGCGGCGGCUCGCCGCAGCCGCACCGCGUCGCCGCGCCCAUGGCCGACCACGAGGCCCGGCGCGACUACGCGGGGCGGCGCAGCGACGACGGCCGCUUCGCCGCGACGGCGAGCGUCGCGGGCGGCAGCGAGUCCGUCGUGAUCCGGCGCGACGACGGGUCGCGCCUCAGCUUCGGCGACUGGGCGCGGCUCCUGGCGGCGGACCCGGACUUCGCUCGCUUCUUCAACUCGCUCCUCGCCGCGUCGCCCUACGACGCGUUCUACUGGGAGUGCCCGCCGACGUCCGCGACGACGCUCGACGCCGUCCCCUACGAGCACAAGACCGUGCGGAGCCGGGGCUUCGCGCCCGCGUCGCCCUCGGACUUUUCGGAGCACCUCCGCGAGCCGUGCGCCGCGGGCGCCGGCGUCGCCGCGUUCCCGAACCUCGGCCGCGACGCCAUGCUCGUCGCGCCCUGCGACGCCGGCGCCGCGCCGCCGGAGGACGGCGCGCCCCCCCACCGCAAGCACCCGACGCUCCGCGAGAAGCGCGAGGCCCGAAAGGACCGGGACGAGGCCGCGGCGGCGCGCGACGCGGCGCCGCUCGAGGCCUACGGCCACGUCGCCAACUUCGCGCGCCUCGCGCCCGACGGCCAGCGCGUCGCCUUCUGGGCCAAGGUCGGCGCCGUCUACGAGGCCCUCGUCAAGCAGGGCCGGCCCGUCUGGCUCAGCACCGAGGGGUCCGGCGUGCCCUGGCUCCACGUCCGCAUGGACUCCCGGCCCAAGUACUACCACACGCGCGAGUUCAAGGACUGGAAGCCAGAGCACCGAGCUUCACCAAUCAUCAACAUGUCCAAGUCGCCUCCGCAACACGGCGUCGCGAUCCUCUACGCCAUCGCCAUCGCCGCGAUCGCCCUCGACGCCUUGACCUUCUUCGUCACCUUCCCCGUCGGCGCCGCCCUGCGAGUCGUCGUCCACUCCCUCGUCGCCCUCCUGCGACACGUCGCGCUGCCCCUCGCGGUCGUCGGCUCGGCCGCCUGGCGCUUCCGCGACCCCAUCCUCGCGCGCGGUGUCGCCUGGCUCGAGGCGAACAAGGGCGUCCGCGUCGCGGCGCCGACCGUCGACGCCAACGUGGACGCGCGACGGCGGACCGGGAGCGUCCGCGUCGCGGGCGUCGCGGUCGCGCUGCCGGAGUCGGAGACGCCCGUCGUCGCGCUCGACGAAUUCCGGCUCUCGUACGCCGAGGCGUCCGGCGCAAAAGCGGUGCUCGAGGGGCUGACGAUCACGUUCGUCGCGUACGAUGCGCGGUUCAAGGACACGAACGUGUCGCGGCUCCUCGGCAAGCUCGGCGGCGGCGCCGGCGCGCCGCCGAAGAAGAAGCGGGCGACGAAGACAUCGUCGUCGCCGAAGUUCUCGGCGCGCGUCGUCGGCGGCGUCGUGCACGUCCUCGCCGCGGGCCCGCUCGGCGUCCGGCCGCUGAUCCCGCCGAUCGCGCUCGACGACGAGACCGUCGACAGCGACGUCCUCGCCUCGAAGUUCAAGUUCGCCGCGUGGCUCAACGCGCUCGUGCUCCGGACGCUCUCGGGCUCGAGCCUCGACGCCGUCGCCGGCGCCUUCUCGGCCGUCGGCGGCGGCGUCGUCAAGGGCGUCGACGUCGUCUUCUCGGGCGUCGACGCCGUCGCGGACCGCGUGCCCGGCGGCUUCGCCGUGAAGCGGGGCACGGGCGCCGCGUCCGCCCUCGUCGGCGGCACCGUCGGCGGCGCGACGAAGGUCGUCGGCGGCGUCGGCGGCGGCCUCAAGUCCAUCUUCCGCGGCCUCACCUCGGGCUCGGCCAAGGGCGCGGCGGCGGGGCUCAAGGACGCGGGCAAGUCCGUCGCGGGCGGCGUCGCCGACGGCGGCAGGGCCGCCGGCGCCGGCGCGAGCGGCGCGCGCGACUCGCUCGUCGGCUCCUCCUCGCGGCGAAUCAGACCCCUCGGCGGCGCCCCGGCGCGCCCCCCCCGGCACGACCCGCCGAUGGCCGCCGCCGCGGCGACGGAGAAUCGGGCGCAGCGCUUCGACCAGCUCGACUUCAUCAAGUCGCUCAUCGAGGACGGCGAGGCGAACCGCUUCGACACGAUCCGCGCCGCCGUCGAGGACGUCGUCGGCGGCUACUACCGCGGCGUCAUCCCCAUGGCCGGCGUCUUCGCGGAGGGCCGCGCGCUGCCCGUCAAGUCGUCGCGGACGCCCGUGAAGACGCUCUCGCAAAAGCUCCUCCCGGGCUGGUACGUGCUCUACGGCGCGCACCCGGACGGCUCCCGGAGCCUCGACAGCGACGACGAGGCCGACGUGGGGGGACUCGCCGCGUGCAAGUGGCGCACGGCGUCCGGCAACCAGUGCGGCGACCGCUACUUCUUCGGCGUCACGAAAAAGCGCGACGACGCGCGGAAAUCUUCAACCCGACUUCAAUGUGCAGUGCGCCGGACGCUUCGACCGUACUACGACGCGGACGAGACGCACCUCUUCAGCGGCCGCUACCGCGUCCGCGGCACGAUCUUCAGCCGCAUCGAGGACGACGCGCAGCAGGCCUGGGUCGCCGGCCGGCCCAUGGUGUCGAUCUGCGUCGUGAGCCGCCGCGAGAUCCGCAUGGCCGCGACGAAGGAGGCGAAGAAGCGCGGCGUCCCGGACGCGUCCGAGGACCCCCUCGGCUACCUCGCGGCGUCCGCGCGCGACGAGGCCGCGCGCGCCGCGGCGCCGGCGCCCGCCGCGCCGCCGCCCUCGGCCGCCGCCGCCGCCUACGCGCCCGAGGCCUACGCGCCGCCGCCGCCGCCGGGCGGCGGCGGCGGCGGCGGCGCGCCCGGCUUCGCCGACGGCCCGCCCCCGGCCCCCGGCGGCGGCGCGCCCUUCUUCAGCGAGGGCCAGGGCGGCGACCUCUGA